GAUGUCCGGCCGCGGGAAGCAGGGCGGGAAGGCGCGCGCCAAGGCCAAGUCGCGCUCGUCGCGGGCCGGGCUGCAGUUCCCCGUGGGCCGCGUGCACCGGCUGCUGCGCAAGGGCAACUACGCGGAGCGCGUGGGCGCCGGCGCCCCGGUGUACCUGGCGGCCGUGCUGGAGUACCUGACGGCCGAGAUCCUGGAGCUGGCGGGCAACGCGGCCCGCGACAACAAGAAGACGCGCAUCAUCCCCCGCCACCUGCAGCUCGCCAUCCGCAACGACGAGGAGCUCAACAAGCUGCUGGGCAAGGUGACGAUCGCGCAGGGCGGCGUGCUGCCCAACAUCCAGGCCGUGCUGCUGCCCAAGAAGACCGAGAGCCACAAGGCUAAGGCUAAGUGAAUCCCAAGGGAUACGUGGCACAUCUGCUUUUUUGGAAAAGCACAAAGGCUCUUUUCAGAGCCACCCACAUGGUCCUAAGAGAGCUCAGUUAUCCAAA